AGUGAUGCAUCGAUGUUCCCUUAUUCCCUACGCCGUUCGCAGUUCCCUUCGAACUGAACAUGUUCGCUCCCUUCGGAUUGGAAUCUCACUUAAGAUGGCGGAACACCCUGUGAAGUCCACUUCGUAGACCACGUACGGCUAAAUGGAACGCACCUAUACUUUAUGGCGUUGUUGUUGCAUAUCUUGGGGUGUGGUGAAGGCUACUGCUCUACAAACGAGAAGAAGACUUGACUAAUUUAACUAGUCUAACAAUUCAAAAUCAUGUCGAAAGAAUUCUACAAUAUUAUUAAACUAACGGCAGCCGGGGCUGUCGGCUCGGCUGUGUUGGCUCCACUCGCGAUCGGCGCAGCUGGAUUCGCCGCCGCCGGUAUCACUUCAGGUUCUUUGGCGGCCGGUAUGAUGUCAUCAGCGGCCAUAGCUAAUGGGGGCAGUGUUGCAGCAGGAAGUUUAAUCGCUAUCCUCCAGUCAGCAGGUGCUGCUGGGCUGUCUGCAUAUGCUACAGCAGGCGUGGCAUCUGUUGGCGGGGCUACAUGUGCGGUUUUGGGUGGAGCUGUGAAGUUGUUGAGGAGGAUGAGAAAAUGAAAUCAUGAGGAACAUACUGGAGAUCCAGAGGUGCUUCUCGGUUCCUGUUUGUGCAUAUCGUUUCUUUUCCUUGCUUCAUUUCCUUGCCUCUCAGCUCCAACCCCUUCAGGAUGCAAUGCAAGGAUAGGCUAUACACCUGUGUGUAUCCUCACUCAUGACUUCUCAGGAAACUUCUUCAUUCCUCACGGUGCUAUUGGAGCAUUGAGAAGGCCUUUAAGAUGACUGAGCUCGAUCGGUUUCCAGGUAUAAGGAGCAAGGAAAUGAGGAAGCAUCAAUUUGAGUAUUGAAACAAAUAACAUUAGUCAGCUUGUCAGCUUUCUUGACAUUCGGCAUCAACUUGUGUUGUGUGUGUGGACAUGCAUUUGAAAUGUGUCUGUAGUGUAAUUUAAAAAAAAUUAAAAGUAUGCCUUAACAUUUUUUAUCCAAGAUAAAGGAUUUGUAUAUUGA